GGUUUGUUUGGAUUGUGCUGCUGCUGCUGCUGACGUGCAGCCGGCGGUUUAAUUUAAAAUCUUCCAGUACAAGCGCCAAGCUCUACGUCAUAAGAAUGGAUGAUUCUACCAAACGUUUACUGAAGCGGCUCAUGAGACGGAUCCCGACUCAGAUGCUGAGAGAAACGCUGGACAAGUGGGGCCGUCUGACCCGGGAGCAGCUCCGGUCCAUGGACUACACUCAGACCAAAUGGGCGUUGACGGAAAAGCUGCUCGCCAUCUGUGAGGAAAACGAGUUGGCAAUGAAACACCUCACAGAACUAGAGAUGUUAUAUAUCAUUGACAAUCCAAACCAGGGGAUGUGGUAUGCCUUCCAGCUCAUGGACCCUGAAGAUGAUGCUCAAUCUUUAGAGCUGACGCAGUUCAAGGAACAAUUUAAAUCCCAUCUCAGAGAGCUUGUGAGACAUGUGUCUAUCAAAAUAAAGAAGCACACAGAUGACGCUGUAUGGAUUCGUAUUGCAUGGGGAGACACCUUCUCUCGACCGAACCACCUGAAACCAACAUAUGUCGUUCACUAUCUUCAAACUCCGUAUGUCUUUGUGACCAGCCUGACUUCAAAGCAAAAGCCCCUGUUAUCCCAGGCCUUGGUUCUGUCCACCAGAUGUCAAGCUAUCAAGGAUGCUAACCUUAAUGGACGGAAACUCACUGCCAUCAGGGACCUUCUGAUGAGGAAAUAUCAACAGGUGUUUCCCACCAAGUAUCCAAGUCAUCCUCCAGAAAAUAAUCAAACUAUCUCAAACCCGCACAUAGAAAAAGAACAAGCUGAACCUGCAGCAAACAGACUUCAGAUGGCCUGUGAGGCUUUCGGUGGUGGAAUGUUACCUCAACUCCAGUCUGCAGUUUACAAGCUGGAGACAAAAUUCAGAGACCACUCCAACAAGACCAUGACAGAGCGGGAGGAACCCUUCAAAUGUGUUGUCAAAUUUGCAAGCACUAACCUCCUGGAGUCACUCAGACACUGUGCAUCUUCAGGAAUUGCCUCCACUCCUGUCACACCUCUGCUUUCAUGCAUACCACUGAAAGGAAGAAAUUAUUUUGUCAUCACAGACAAUGGCCCUGGUCCCUCACAAACACGCCAACCACAGAACUGAUGGCCAACAGACCCCUUGAUUUAAAGGAUUCACAGUGUGGCCUGCCAUAUCUAGUCCACCCGUGGUUUGCUUUUAUCAUUACAUUCCAUUUCUUGUUCAAGUCCCUCUCUAUGUGCUUAAAGUUGCAAACAAGUCCAUUGUUGGCAAUAGAUAAUUGUGAUUUUAUAAUCCUUCGUUGGUGUUUAAGUGGCAGAAUGUUACUGCCAUGGAAUUUUCUAUUUUUACAAAUUGAAUAUAAAAGCAGGAUUUUUAUUAUUCUUGUCUUCUCUGCAUGUCAUUUCAACCCCCACACUAGUCAUCUGACCAUCUUUCUUUUGUUCUGUAUUUUUCAUCAGCUAUAGUGUUAUAAAAAUGUGUUGUGGAGUAUUGGCUUUGUCUAAAAGUCUGCUGGAAGUAAACUCUAGUAAACCAGCUUUUAAUAAGUUGGUUUACAAACCAUUAAAA